UAUAAGAGUGCGCCCACACAAGAGCCUUCUGUCCUCUCCCCUUUGUAUAAAAGUUUGCAUACUUUCUGGCUCUGGGCGCACCACCAACUAGGACGAUAAUAACACCGAUACGUAUAUAGUAUACCAUAUGGAAAAGGCUAAUUUUUGCCCUUUUUCUCCCCUACCAGUUUAGGGUAACUCACUGUCCUGUUUUGGUUUUUCUUCUUUAAUUUUCAGUAUCUAUUCCUAUUUAGCUUUACCGGUGCCGGAUCGCCCUAGGUUUUUGUAUUUGAAGUAGGUUGUCAGUCGUCCAUGCAUGUAGCUCAAUCCCAUCAAACCCAGCAGUUCAAUCCUAGCCAGAUCGUAUAUCAUUCAGAUUGUUUGUAUACAAAAGCUCAGUGUGUAUACUCAAUAUCGUUUGUCAGGGACUCAAGCAAAAUUCAUUAUCUUCUGUAUUGUUCAUCUUUCAAGUCUUCUAGUGUGUAUGGGCCUUUAUUCUGCACAUCAGCAAUGAGAAAGAUAUUUUGUGUAUAGCCACAGCCAAUGCUCUGGCUUGUUGGCAUGCUGUACUGCUAUAUGUACAAAAAGGGCAGAUGUUAUCUGAGGUUGGGGUAGGGAUAACAGAUUAAAGAAAUGAUGGGGAUGCAGGGCCUUAUCCAGGUUUGUUAGCAACCUAAAACUAGGCAAAACCAUCUUGCAGUGCAGGUGGGGCAGAUAUAACAUGUGCAGAGAGAGUUAGAUUUGGGUGGGGUGUGUUCAAACUAAAAUCUAAAUUGCAGUGUAAAAAUUAAGCAGCCAGUAUUUACCUGCACAGAAACAAUAUAACCCACCCAAAUCUAAAUCUCUCUGCACAUGUUACAUCUGCACCACCUGCAGUGCAACAUGAUUUUGCCCAGUUGUUAACUUUUUUUGUUUGCUUGCAAACAUGAGUAACCCCCACAAUGGGCUUUCUUAUCUGAGUAAAUUAAAUAGUACCUACAGUAUGUUUAUUUUCAUUCUCUUAUCUACAUAUUUGAAGAUUUCUCAAUGUAGUGACUUUAAGUUGUGGCUAUUGGGGGUCAUUCCGAGUGUUCAGCACCCCUGCCCUACAACAUUCCUACAGUCAAUACUGUCUAAUCCUCUACAACUGCUAAACUAGGGUUUCGGUGAAUUGGGAAAAUGCCUUCCCUUCCCUUCCCUUUUGUGUGUGACCUACACCAACAAAGUGCCAUCUUAACUAACAGAACCAACCAAAUACCAUGGGGUAUAUUUACUAAUAUUCAUAUUUGAGUCAGUUUGUGUAGUGUUUAAACUCAUUUUUUAUCUGGUGCAUUUUCAUGCAACGUUUUGAAACUAUGGCCCUCAUUCCGAGUUGUUCGCUCGCAAGGCGAUUUUAGCAGAGUUGCUCACGCUAAGCCGCCGCCUACUGGGAGUGAAUCUUAGCAUCUUAAAAAUGCGAACAAUGUAUUCGCAAUAUUGCGAUUACACACCUCGUAGCAGUUUCUGAGUAGCUUCAGACUUACUCGGCAUCUGCGAUCAGUUCAGUGCUUGUCGUUCCUGGUUUGACGUCACAAACACUCCCAGCGUUCGCCCAGACACUCCUCCGUUUCUCCGGCCACUCCUGUGUUUUUUCCGGAAACGGUAGCGUUUUUCCCCACACGCCCAUAAAACGGCCUGUUUCCGCCCAGUUACACCCAUUUCCUGUCAAUCACAUUACGAUCGCCAGAACGAUGAAAAAGCCGUGAGUAAAAAUCCUAAGUGCAUAGCAAAUUUACUUGACGCAGUCGCAGUGCGGACAUUGCGCAUGCGCAUUAAGCGGAAAAUCGCUGCGAUGCGAAUAUUUUUACCGAGCGAACAACUCGGAAUGACCACCAAUAUACGCUAAGUUACGAAGCAGUCAAGUUUAUGGUUUUCGUGUUUUCCUGUGUCGAUGCCAGUCGGGUUUUUUUGGCACAUUUACGGCCGUCAUUGUCGUUUGCGUAUGUGUUUUUGUUGUUUUUACUGGUUUAUUUUCUAUGUUAAACGCGGCAGGGUUAUUUAUCAACCACGGCCGCAUUUUCACUUUUAGUUUCGAUUUUCAAUCCCGGUUGGGGUUGGUUGUGUUUUAGAUGUAGGAGUGUCUGUGCGCAAUCAUUUAAAUACGCCCCAAACCAUCCGCACCUCAUGGGUUUAGUUAGUGGUGAGGAGGGAGGUUAUGCUGUGGAGGUUGGUGAGUAGUUGGUUUGGUGAGGAGUUUUUUGGGCGAUUUCUGAGUGUAGUAUUGUGUUUGAAAGUAGUCUUGUCAUUCUUGUAGUCUUGUUUUUUUUGGUUUUGUCUCAUUUUUUGUCCAAGUCUUUUUGAUUUAGAGUCCCCUGUCAGUGUGUGUGUGUGUGUGUGUGUGUGUGUGUGUGUGUGUGUGUGUGUGUGUGUGUGUCUGUGUGUGUGUGAGUUGUGCAGUGGUAGUGGAGGAGUGUGUUGUUGUUUUUUUUCCCUGUGUUAAUUGUUGAACCACACAAUUAUGUCUGACUCAGAGGUGGGUGAGGUGGCUGAGGUAAGUGAGGUGGAGGGUGUGAGUGAGGGGGAGGAGGUUGGUCAGGUGGAGGAGGUGAGUAAGAGUGAGGUUAGUGAGGUGGAGGAGGUGGGUGAGGUUGCUGCAGCAGCCUCAAGCGACAGUGAUAGUGACAGUCAGAGAGCUCCGCAGCCACGCGCCACUACUAAGACUGGGCGGAAUGUAAAGUUUAGUUAUGCUGAAAAUGUGGCAUUGGUGCGGGAGCUGAUGAAGUAUCAGCGGCAGCUAUUUGGGCCUGAGUCCGCCAAGGUGCCAACACGGAAGAAUAUUUUGUUGUGGGCGAAAGUUGUUGCUGCUGUAAAUAGUGAGGGGGUGGUCAAGCAGACGGAGGACACGUGCCGCAAACGGUACUAUGACAUAAAGCGACGUGUCAAGUCCAAAAUGGCCAAGGAGGCGAAGUCGGCUAGCAAAACCGGUGGUGGUCAGCCCUAUAUUGCCAGAUAUCUGGACUAUGAGGAGCCCAUGCGGAGUUUAAUACCUCCUGAAGUAGUGUCUGCAACCCAUGUCCGUGAUUCCGAUCUGCCCAGGAAGGAUGGUGAGCAUGUGCAUUUGUCUUAACAUUCUAUUACAUUACUUCUGUCGUUAUUUUUGGGGGAAAUGUGUGUCAUGUGACGUUGCAUAUUACUCUCAUUUUCAUGUGUGCGUCAGCAAAGACAUUGUUUUGGGUAAUGUUUUCUACAAAAGCAAAUGUAACAUAGUACUUUAUUGUAUGUCAUGUGGUUUUUUAACAGUACAUUUUCCAUGUGUAGUUUGGACUUGGUGUGUCAUUGAAUUGUCCAGCAAUAAUGUUUUCCUUAUGCACAUUUUACAGUUUGCAAGUUGGACUAUGUUUUUGAUUUCAGUUAUCCAUGUGCAAUGUUUGAAAAACAGUGGUUGAUAUGUUAGAGGCUGGAAUAGUGCAAAGUGGCUUUCAAGCCAGUUACAUGUGUAAUUUCAUUAGUACUGUAUGUAAUAUUGUUUAAGACAAACCCACUAUUUUUUGGUUCAUUUAGAGUCUGUAUUUGUACCCUGACACAACACUGCAGACUUAGUUACUGUACUAUUAUGAUGGUUUUUUUUAAAAAAAAUUUUUUUUGGGCUCAUAUUGUGCUAAUGUGUGUUUGGAGUGCCACAUCACAGAGCAUUUUCUAUAUUGCAUCUUUCAUUAAUUACAUAUCAUUUAUAAAUGAAGAUGUCUGUGUUUUGGCUUGUUAGUGUAUGUAUUAGUAAUUGUGGGGCAGAUUUAUUAAGCCUGGUGAAGUGAUAAAGUGGAAUUGAUAAAUUACAAACCAAUCAGCUCAUAACUUCCAUGUUACAGGCUGGGUUUGAAAAAUUACAGUUAAGAGCUGAUUGGCUGGUGCUUUAUCACCUUCCACUUUAUCACUUCACCAGGCUUAAUAAAUCUGCCCCUGUGUCCUAUGUCUGUGUCCUGUACAUUAUUUCCUGUGUUGCACUUUCCAUAGUGUGUGUGUUUUUUUUCAUAUUUUUUUGUUUUGUUCAGAAAUUAUUCCCACAUAAAUAAGCAUCCAUUUUUGUAAGAUUUAAUGUUUAUAAACAUAAUGGGUGGAUGUAUCAACAAUAGCAUGAAUAAAUGAGUUAUUUUAUUUGUUUCAUUAUUUACAGUGUUGAAAAAAAGCCGUACUGGUCGGCCUACAGUCACUCCCAUGACAUCUGAUGAUGAUGACGCUGCGGAAGCAGGUCCAUCAAAAGAAGUAUUGAGCAGCAGAAGGCGGACUCCUGUAGCACACCAAACAAUAAUACAUGUGGCAACAAAGAAAGCAAGGUCUGAUGUCCAAUCACAACCACAGCAGUCUACCCCACCACGAAGAUUGUCUACAGUUUCUUCGGUCCCACCACUCCAAAUUUUGGUCACACCUCCAAGACGCCAACCACACUCCCCUCAUCUUGAUUGUUCUAGUACUGGUACCAGCAUCCCGAAGCAACAGCAGCAACACAGUGACAUGGAUGAGACAAUCAUGUUACAAAUGCAGCCAUUAAUCGAAGGAAUCAGCCACCCAGCACCUGUGCGUACACCACCACAGCAAAGCACUCCACCACCACAACACAGCCCAACAACACCUGUAACACAAGGCCCUGAUCAAGUGUUUUGGGACAGUUGGGCUACACAGCAGGCCACUAAUCAAGAAUGCCUGCGUAGGCAGACCCAAAUUUUUGCUAACCUACCAUCUUACCUCAGAAGAAUCAGCAGAAAUAUCAGUCGCCAAAAUGAACCAACCACCAGAAUUGCCAAUACCAUGGAAAUCACGCGUGCAGACAUUACACAUGUCAUGGGCAACUUACAACACAUAAUGGAAGAACAGCACAGACAACAGCAAAGCUACAUCAACAUCUUAGAAAACAAUCAAAUGAUCAAUGAAUCUAUCACCAGAAUUUUAGAAAAUCAAAAUGCUGCAACACGUGAACUCAAUGCCACCCUCACUAACCUCAAUGAAACACUCAGAUCCCAGCACCAACAGCAACCAAGCAGCAGUUCUGGUAUGACUACUCCUAUUCUAUCGCCAGUGUCCUCACCACCAAGGCGCUCCACCAGAUCACGCCAACACGACAGUGGUAAAGGCAAAGCCCAGUCCAAGCAGCCAACCCAAAAAAAAUAAAAAAAUAGAGACACCGAUUUCUGUAUAGAGAAGAAAAUAAACACAGUUAGUAAGUGUAGGUUUGUCACAAUAUAUAUAACACUUAGCACCUUGUCAAUUUGUUGAACAUCAUUAAUUAUAAGUGUUACAAACAACAACAGGAUUUCUGGGAACACAUUUAUUCUUUAACAUCUCUGUAUUUUUUUUGGAGGAGGAAAAACUUAUUUGAUCUGCACAUUGAUCUUAGCAUGCAGUAACAACACCACUUGAUUUUUUUUCUAAUCAUUACUCUUUCUAGAUUCCAAUCAUUCUCAGAUUCUGCAGACAGACUAAUUGGCAGCCAUGCACAAUAUCAUUAGCAUGCAGAAACCAGACCACUUGAUUUUUUUCUAAUCAUUACUCUUUCUAGAUUCCAAUCAUUCUCAGAUUCUGGAGACAGACUAAUUGGCAGCCAUGCAGAUUUAUUCAUGACCAAUACAACUUACAAUGUGAAUUUUAACUCUUUUACAUUUCUUCUCUAGACGACAUUACAAGAAUAACUCAAUUGAGUUGGCUAAAAAGGUCCUAAUAUGUUGUGAAACAAUUUAGAUAAUUCAGUCCCAAAAUGAAUUACAUUAUUGUUGUGCCAUGUUUGUGUGUUAAAAAUGAGUUAUCAGAUUCUUACACAUGAUGCAGAAACAAAGAAAUUGUAAAUAUUUUAAUGUACAAAAAUAAUGUGUCUAAUAAUGGAUAUAUGUUGAAAACUGUGUAUUGGCUUACAAAUCAGCAAGUUUACUCCAGCAAACAUAACGAAAUAAAUUAUUUUGGAUGAUA